AUGAAGAUAUUUAUAUAUUUUUGCAUUUGGGCUGUCGCAUGGGCCAUUCCAGUUCCUCAAAUCAAACCAUUGGAGAGACACGCUGUUGAAAAAGCUGUGAAUUUAAGUCUUCUAGAAAAAUCAAAAGUGCCAAUACAGGAUGAGUUCCAUGCCAACGAUACCACCAGAGAAAGUGGGGUCCCCACGCAUGACAGUGAAAGACCAAGGCAAUGGUAUACCCAAGAUGGUUACAAAGGAGAAGGGAAUGGCUCUGAGUGGGCAGAAGCAGGAGGGAAGAGUUCCUCUACAUAUCACACAUUAGCAAACGGAGAGGGGACUACUGAGGAUUGGAAUGGGGGCACAGGAAAACCAGAAACAUAUGGUCAUGAUGGGAUACAUGGAAGAGAAGAUAACACCACAGCAAAUGGCGUUAUCAACAAUGCUGGAGCAGCAAAUGGAAGCAAUAUUGAUGGAAAUACUGAUAUGGCUACAAACGGGGAUAUUGGAACUACAAGUCUGAGUGAGGAUGCCACUAUUGUCCAAGAAGAUGGAACCCAAGUAGCUGGAAGCAAUAAUAGUACAGGCCAUGAGGAUGAAAUAAAUAAUAAUUCCUGUGGAACUGGGAAUGGUACGGGAGCAAUAACACCUCCAAUAGAAGGCGAGAGGAAUGGGAACAAGGAAGCUGAGGUGACUCCAGGCAAUGGAGAAGAUGCUGGUCUGGAUAAUUCUGAUGGGAGUCCUAGCGGGAAUGGAGCAGAUGAGGAUGAAGAUGAGGGUUCCGGUAAUGAUGAAGGUGAAGAUGUAGGGCAUGGAGAAGAGGGCAGCAACAACAGCAAGGGCCAGGAGGGUCAGGACCAUGACGAAGAAGAUGACAAUGACAAUAGCAUAGGUCAAAAUUCGAUUAGUAGUGAAGGCAAUGACCCUGAAGACGAAGAAGAUCCCCUUAAUGACAUUGAUGGAGAAAACACCUCCAAGAGUGAGGAGGAUGCUGACCGUGUUCCAGAAGACAAUGGUAGCCAAAGAAUAGAGGACACCCAGAAACUCAAUCACCAAGAGAGCAAAGGUGUUGAGAAUGGAAUCACCAAAGAAUCAGAGCCAAAUGCUAUUGGGAAGAGCCAAGAUAAGGGAAUAGAAAUCAAAGGUCCCAAAGGUGGCAGCAGAAAUACUACCAAAGAAGCUGGGAAAGUCAAUGAAGGUAAAGACAGUAAAGGACAGCAUGGAUUGAGCAUGGGCAAAGGAAGUGUCCAGACACAAGGAGAAGCUGACACUAUACAAGGACCUGGCCAGAAAUCAGAACCAGGAAAUAAAGCUGAACCCAGGAAAACAGGUAGCGACAGCAAUAGUGAGGGAUAUGACAGUUACGAUUUUGAUGAUGGACCCAUGCAAAGAGAUGAUCCUGAUAGCAGUGAUGAGUCUAAUGGCAGUGAUGAUGCUAACUCAGAAAGUGACAAUGACAGCAGUAGCCCAGGAGAUGCUUCUGAUAACUCAGAUGAAUCAAAAGAUAAUGGCAAUGACAGUAACUCGAAAGAAGGAAGUGAUGAUGGUGAUAGCACAUCAGACUCUAAUGACAGUGACAGUAAUGGCAAUGGUAACAAUGGGAGUGACGACAAUGACAAGUCAGACAGCAGCAAAGGUAAAUCAAACAAUAGUGACAGCAGUGACAGCAGUGACAGUAGUGACAGCAGUGACAGCAGUGACAGUAGUGACAGUAGUGACAGCAGUGACAGCAGUCAUAGCAGUGACAGUAGUGACAGCAGUGACAGCAGUGACAGCAGUGAUAGUAGUGACAGCAGUGACAGCAGUGACAGCAGUGAUAGUAGUGACAGCAGUGACAGCAGUGACAGCAGUGACAGUAGUGACAGUAGUGACAGCAGUGACAGCAGUGACAGCAGUGAUAGUAGUGACAGCAGUGACAGCAGUGACAGUAGUGAUAGUAGUGAUAGCAGUGACAGCAAUAGCAGUGACAGUAACAGCAGUGAUAGCAGUGACAGUAGUGACAGCAGUGACAGUAGUGACAGCAGUGAUAGUAGUGAUAGUAGUGACAGUGACAGUAGUGACAGCAAUGACAGCAGUGACAGUGACAGCAAAUCAAAUAGCAGUGACAGCAGUGAUAGUGACAGUAAGUCAGACAGCAGCAAUAGCAGUGACAGUAAAUCAGACAGCAGUGACAGUGACAGUAAAUCAGACAGCAGUGACAGCAGCAAUAGCAGUGACAGUAGUGACAGCAGUGAUAGCAGUGAUAGCAGUGACAGCAGCGAUAGUAGUGACAGCAGUGAUAGUAGUGACAGUGACAGCAGUGACAGUGACAACAAAUCAAAUAGCAGUGACAGCAGUGAUAGUGACAGUAAGUCAGACAGCAGCAAUAGUAGUGACAGUAAAUCAGACAGCAGUGACAGCAGCAAUAGCAGUGACAGUAGUGACAGCAGUGAUAGCAGUGACAGCAGUGAUAGUAGCAAUAGCAGCAGUAGCAGUGACAGCAGCGACAGCAGCAAUAGUGACAGCAGCGGUAGCAGUGACAGCAGCAAUAGUGACAGCAGUGACAGCAGUGACAGCAGCGAUAGCAGUGACAGCAGCGAUAGCAGUGACAGCAGCCAUAGUAGUGACAGCAGUGACAGCAGCGAUAGUGACAGCAGUGAUAGUGACAGCAGUGAUAGCAGCGACAGCAGCAACAGCAGUGAUAGUAGUGACAGCAGCAACAGCAGUGACAGCAGUGAUAGUAGUGACAGCAGCGAUAGCAGUGACAGCAGCGAUAGCAGUGACAGCAGCCAUAGUAGUGACAGCAGUGACAGCAGCGAUAGUGACAGCAGUGAUAGUGACAGCAGUGAUAGCAGCGACAGCAGCAACAGCAGUGACAGCAGUGAUAGUAGUGACAGCAGCGACAGCAGUAACAGCAGCAACAGUAGCAACAGCAGUGACAGCAGUGAUAGCAGCGACAGUAGCGACAGCAGUGACAGCAGUGAUAGCAGUGACAGCAGCGACAGCAGCGACAGCAGUGACAGUAGCGAUAGCAGUGACAGCAGCGAUAGUAGUGACAGCAGUGACAGCAGUGAUAGCAGUGACAGCAGUGACAGUAGCGACAGCAGUGACAGCAGUGACAGCAGCGACAGCAGUGACAGCAGCGAUAGUAGUGACAGCAGUGACAGCAGUGAUAGCAGUGACAGCAGCGACAGCAGCGACAGCAGUGACAGCAGCGACAGCAGCGAUAGCAGUGACAGCAGUGACAGCAGUGACAGCAGCGAUAGUAGUGACAGCAGUGACAGCAGUGACAGCAGCGACAGCACAUCUGAAAGCAGUGAUGAGAGUGACAGCCAGAGCAAGUCUGGUAAUGGCAACAACAAUGGAAGUGACAGCGACAGUGACAGUGACAGUGAGGGCAGUGAUAGUAACCACUCAACCAGUGAUGAUUAG